GGUAUCAUAAAAAUUUUGCAAAGGAAAAUAACGCAAAUUAUUAUUUAGAAUACUAUUCAACUACAUUAUUAAUAAUUACAAAAUUUAAUUCAAGGGAAAAAAGUGUCUAAAAGUGAGUAAUAGGAGAAUUUAAAAAAUUAUAAACAAAGAAAAAGGGGAAUAAGUACAGUAUAACGAUUUUUAAAAACAGUGUAUAUUGUUUAUACAUAAAAGAGCUGUUUUUCUUUUGUCCUUGAACGAUUAAAUAUAAACAAGUGAGAGAAAGAUUGAGGGAGAGAGGGAUAUAGUAGAGCUCUCCUAGAUUUUAUGAUAAUUGCAAAAGUUAAACCGAAGUAUAUACAGUGAACGUGUUGCGACUUGAAUAAAUCUUGUCGUAUACCAUCGUAUACGACAAGAGAAAAGACAGAGAGAAAGAGAAAGAGAGAACGCGAAUCAACGAGAAGUGGUCAUAUCGGAAUGGAGAUUUUGCACAUACCGCGUGGUUUAUCUCACAAAUUGUGCUUAAUGUGAUCAUUCUUACAACAUGCAGUAUAUGUUUUGAUAUAACCGGAUAUCUAUAAUAAAGAUAGGAAAAAAAGAUGACAGAACAAAAGCAUACACCAUCGGAAUUUGAACGAAUGUCAUUGGAUCAAAUUAUCGAAGUGGUGACAGCAGAUCUGGAGAAUUCUGCUGGACAUUAUGUUCAAUUUGGAAUGCCGUCACAACAAUCGACGUCACACAAUUGGUCGGAUUACAAUCCAAAUAGAAUACAACGUUACAUGCCGGGACCAACUGCACAUCCAAAUACGACAAAUAUUCAAUCAAUGAAUUCAAUGUCAACACCAGUUUAUAUGCAUCCGGAAACACAGCAAUACGAUUCUCCGAUGCCAGAACAAAUCUAUUUCCCCCCACAAGCAGUGAAUCAUUUGGGCAUUAAUGAAAAUAACGAUCUAGUUGGUACCAUUGAUGUUGGCGGCGGGAAUUUCAUCAACGUCAUCUAUGGCAACGCUUCACAAAUAAUGGCCGAACAAUGUCAAAUUAAUAAUCUAAAUUCAUUCAAUAAUCAAACUUUAAUUGAUCGAGAAUACGGUCUCUUUGGAAAUCAACAAAUGUCCUCAAAUUUAACACCACAGAAUUCCAAUUCAAAGCAAUUGAUCGACAAUCUCGUUGGCAAUUGGGUGCCAAAUCAAUCGGGAACAUACAGUCCAUUCGGCGGUUCACCAAAUGUAUUUCCCGUUCCAAAAUCAACAACCGAAGUUAAAGACACCGACGAAUUACCCCGAGCAGCGCCCGAUGCCUAUCAAAAGAAACCGCGUGCAAUUGCCGAAGUGAAACCCAUGCGACCAUCAUAUUCCGACGUCCUGACAAAAUCCGCACCAACUCCAUCGUCACCCCAAACAGCGCCGCCAAUAAAACCCAAACCCGAACCAACAGCAAAAAAAAUUGUCAGCAAUAAAAAAACAAAAUCAAAACCCGCCGUAUUAAAGAGACAAAAUUCAUCCGGCAGUGAUGAUCAUAAUUCACCGAAGGUCCAAGGACCAAAGAAAAUAAUUGAAAAUAAAAAUUCCAAUUUAUCCCGUCGCUGGGUGUCAUUGGACAAUCUUGGUUCACCAUCAGAAACUGAAUUAAAUUCAUUCAAUAAAUCGGAUAAUUUUGAAAAGAAACGUCCCCUAAAAACAUCAAAGAAAACAGAUAAAAAUGAAACUUUGAAUAAUUCGAAAAUUCCAAAUUACAAUACAAAAUCAAGUGUUAAUGUGCAAAAGAAACCAAUUCAAAUAAAUAAUAAUUUAAAUACUAUUAAUAGUUUCAGUCAAACUGUUUCAACUGAUAAAAUUGAAAAAAAUCAACAGGCCAAUAAUAAAGUCGGCAAGGAUGAUAAAAAGACUGUUAAGGAAAAAAAUUCAAAGCGCUUCCAAGCUGAAAAAGCACAACAAAUAAGAAAAGGUCAACGCAGUCGAAAACGUGAAAAUCGUGAAUCAGCAUUUAAAGAUGUUUAUCGUAAUUUAAACAAAUACGUUAUACGUUGGAGUAAAAUAAUUCUCAAGAUUUUUUACUGGCUGUUUCAUUUGAUUUCCGAUGUUUUUAGUAUGAGCGCGAACCUCGUUAUUCAGCUUGGAAAAUGUGGAUGGUUUCACACGAUUCUCUAUCUAAAAUACUCAUGGAUGUACCUGGCGACGUCAUUUUCGAAAAUACGAUUUCUGAAUGCAUUCGGCAAGCAAAUGGACAGCUGGUUGGGUAGCAGUAAAUUUGCAUUUUGGCGAAAAUUACGAACAAAAGGCGAGGAAAAGGAGGACACACCGGCUGGAUGGAUACACGGUGGUCUGGAGGCAAAUAUUGCCCUGCCGAGUACGGGUGAAGAGGCAAUGAAACGAUUGCUCGCUUGCAAGGGAAAGGAUCCUUACAGUAUACUUGGAGUAACACCCACAUGUUCCGAUGAUGAUAUUAAAAAGUAUUAUAAACGACAAGCCUUUCUCGUGCAUCCGGACAAAAAUAAUCAGCCAGGCGCUGAGGAGGCUUUCAAAAUUCUCGUCCACGCCUUUGACUUAAUUGGCGAACCGGAAUUAAGACAAGCGUUUGAUCAAACAAGACAAGUGGAGGCUGCCUGGGGUGAAUUGAGUGAUUUAUUGUCGCAAUUGCACAGAAAAAUGGAGCAAGCUGCAAAUACAAUUAGAUGUACAAAUUGUGGUUUACGACACAAGAGAAUUCCAACUCAACGACCUUGUUAUGCUGCUCGAUUUUGUGCACAGUGCAAGAUACGUCAUAGUGCGAAAGAGGGUGACAUUUGGGCGGAAUCUCGUGUAAUGGGCUUUUUGUGGCACUACUAUGCUUGUAUGGAGGGUGCAGUUUAUGAUGUGACCGAUUGGGCUGCAUGUCAAGCUGGAAAUUUAAAGCAUCUUAGAGCAAAUACACACAGUGUCCAGUAUAGAAUUGUUUUAGGACAACGACUGCCGACUCAAUCUCCCUCCAGUGGUAAAAAACGACAACAAACGGAAAAUAAUACAAGUGAGGCGGAUUUUGAAGAUUUCAUCAAUAAUCUCUGCAACCACAGUAAAGCAGGUGGAGCAAAUUCAGCCGAACAAAAUAAAGGCGAUAAUCGAAAACGUAAAACUAAACGCAAGAAGUGAAAAAGUUUUACAAAAUGCGUGAUGUAAGAUUUACUGUCAUUAAUGUUUCUCAAGAAAAAACACUAAUCUAAUUAUUAUAUUUUUUUCUCUCUUUUUUUUAACAAAAAAAAAAUGAUGAUACUCUCGUAUUAAGUACUAACUCUUUCUUUGAGUGAUAAGAUUAAUCUUAUUAUAAGAGAAGGUUAACUCGUCUUUUAGAAAAAAUUCAACGUUUGUAACGUUGAUGGAGAACAUGUUUUUCGAUCUUUAAAAAGAGAAAGAGCUUUUGAAUCAACUUUUCAAUUUUCAAUUGCUUUUCUUUUUAAAAAAAAAGCCCUCAAGUUUGCAUCAAAUGACAACAGGCAUAAAUUUAAAUAAUAAUAAUAAUUUAAGAGAUAUUUGUAUAAUCGAUUAAUGUCCAUUCAAGAGCAAUUUAUGUCAUAUGCUUAUUUUUUUGUUUUGGAAAAAAAUAUUAUUUUUAUAAAUGGUGAUACAAAUACUUUUGUAAAUGCUACUUUUUUCGGUUUAAGUUUAAUUUUGUUUAGGCGAGUUUUAUAUUUUAUUGAGUAUAUCGAUUGAGAUAUAAACUAUUUCUCGUGCAAGAAAAUUAUUGAAAAAAAGAGAAUUCUUCAUUAUUUUUAAUACUGAUAUGUCAAUUGACGUUAAAAGAAAAUUCAGUAAGUCCUGCUCUUAAAGAAAAAAAAUUCUCUUAAAGAAUUACGAUUAAUUUCUGAAUUUAUAUGAUAAUUUUAGUAAUUUGAAUUUUAACUUAUGGAUAAUUUUAUCAUUGUGAAUUUAGUUAUUAAUUUCUUAUAUUGUAAGAAAAAAUUAACAGUAUGUUAAUAGUAUUUAUACUGUUUACUUCAAGAAAGUUUCAAGCUUUGUAACAUUCUAUUUUUUGUGUAAAGAGCAUUUUUACGGCUGCUCCAAGUUGAAAUAGAAAAAAAAAUUGACAGGCAAGGAUUAAGACUGAUUUUCUUUUCAUUCUGUCACUCAAACAAUGAGCAAUGUUCAUAAUAAUAUUCUAAUAAAUUUUGUGCAGAGAUA